GUUUUGGCGUCAGACAACGGCGCAGAUGAAUUGUAGCAACGCUCCAGUGACAGUAAAAACAAAAGUACGAUUUUGACAAUAACAGACAAGCAACAAAUGUUCUUUUAGCACUUUUUGUUUGUCCUUUUUCUAACAGACAGUUGUCACUCUCAACAAUACCCGCUCAAGUGUGCAACGCUUUUUAAAAACCUUCUCGUUUGUUUUAACGAGCCGGUGUAGCCCAAAGCUAGUUAGCAUGUAAGCUAGCCAAUGGGCUCUAGCUGAAUAAGUUGUUGGAAGGUAGAUGCUCUGUCAAAACUUUGAUUACUAACUGCGACUUAAGACAAACGGCUGAGUAAUUUGAUAGCCAAACAGCCAUUUUCCUGCACUACGUACUCAGUAAACGCGUAUUGUUUGUGUAACGCUGGUUAAUCAUUCACUUGUCCAAACUGGGGAUUGUUUUCCAAAGCACUGGUAUGCGCUUCCGUGAAGUAGUGACUCAUGUAUGGCUGCGUGCCGGAUUUUAAGAAUUGUUUACCGACUGAAUAGACGACUGCCUAAGAAUCAGGUCUGGACAAGUAACACCUCAUUCGUGGUUUCUGCUCAAGUUGUACUCAUGUCUGCACUGACAGAUUUAGAACCUUUAGCAAAGAGGCUAAAGGUUGAAUCAAAUGCCCCAACUUCAUCCUCAUCCUCGCACGAAGGUCCAUCUCAAUGCAGUCAGAGCACAGGUGAUGAGACUGUCGAUCAAGGACGAAGGGAAAACAAAACAGAAGCAAAGAUGGAUGCACAGCCAAAGCCUAGAGAAGAGGGCUUGGGACGUGUAAAGAUAAAAGGCUCCCUUCAAAGAACUGGUCCCAGAAAGCAAGAACAGCCCAAAUAUUCUCUUGAACGGUGGUUGGUUAAGCCGGCAAAAAACCCAAGUACAGCUGACGUGUGCCAAAUCCAAGAGGAUGUAGAAAUGACUGACGCUGGUGGCGUUCAAAGCACCUCAGCUCAGUCUGCAGAUUGCAAAAUUGCUGAGCACCCUCCUGUCUCUGACACAGAUGAAGAAACCCAACCCUUGACACCACAAGACCUGGAUCCAGACUAUCCUGUGUCACCAGCUUCCCAGGAUUCAGCAGGGAGCGAGCCUACGCAGACAUCGUCCCGUAAUGAGAGUGGAUCAGAAAAACAAGAAACGGAAACAUACCCAGAAAGCUCAAAAGGCUCCGUCAAACACAGUGCAAAAAUAACAGACUUCUUUUCAGGGAUGCCAUCACCAGCGUUGCCUUUUAGACGAGGCAAAUCAAACAGGUUUCCACAGAAACAAGAUCCAGACAAGACAGCUGCCUCCAGUGAUGUCAAAUGGCUGGGCACGCCAAUCAGCGAGCUGAAGAGAAUGCCUGAAUGUGGUGCACCGCUUCCUCGGCUGAAGGAUGUUCCUGGACAGCACACUGUGAUGAUAAGGACAGACCUUCUUCAGAAGGGUAAAGUUCCCGUUCCACAUCCUACCAUGUUUAGGGAUACCUGGGAUGAUGUCCACGUCAAGAUGCCGUGUUCCAGCAGUAACUUGUUUCCUGUGCAAGAUGAGGAAACACGAGAGCUGAAGAAUAAGAGUCGAUGGGAGCUGAUCAAAGAAACUUUAAACACGCAGUUUACAAAUCCUCUUGAGUUAAAGAAUGCAGUAUUAAAAUACAGCGCCUCACAUGCAAAGAAAUGGGACUUCACAGCAUUGCAUUUGUACUGCACUAAGGUCCUGGAGCCUGAUGCUGCCGAACAUCUGUUUGACUCCCUGCUGCCAGACAUGGUGCAAUUAGCACUGAGAGCAUCUGAGCUCUGCACCAAGCCGAUACCCCUCCUCAAGGAAGGCACGAACCACUCCAUCACCAUGUCUCAGGAGCAGGUGGCCUGUCUGCUCGCCAACGCCUUCUUCUGCACCUUCCCCCGACGCAACUCCAGAAGGACUGAGUACUGCAACUACCCAGACAUCAACUUUUUCAGGCUGUUUGAAGGAUCCUCUUCAAGGAAGAUUGAGAAGCUGAAAACCCUGUUGUGGUAUUUUCAAAGUGUCACUGAGCAAAAGCCUACUGGACUUGUAACAUUCACCCGCAAAGGGUUGGAUAAACCGCUCAACUGGAAAAGCUCGCAGACUCGGCUCUCAAAGCUCCACAUUACUUGUGAAGGGACCAUUGAGGAUGAUGGUCAUGGAAUGCUUCAGGUGGAUUUCGCCAAUCAGUUUGUCGGGGGAGGGGUCACCAGCUCCGGUCUGGUUCAAGAGGAAAUCCGUUUUCUUAUUAACCCGGAGCUAAUUGUUUCUCGUCUCUUCACCGAAGCCCUGGAUCAUAAUGAAUGUCUGAUCAUCACAGGAACGCAGCAGUACAGUAAAUACACUGGUUACGCACAGACCUACAAGUGGAGCGGCAAACACCAGGACGUAACUCCGAGUGACGGCUGGCAGAGGAGAUGCACCGAGAUCGUGGCCAUCGAUGCGCUGCAGUUCAGGAGCCAUCUUGAACAGUUUCACCCAAACAGAAUAAACCGAGAACUUAACAAGGCUUAUUGUGGCUUCGCACGGCCCGAAGAACAAAGCGAAAACCUUGCGGCCGUGGCGACGGGGAACUGGGGCUGUGGGGUUUUUGGAGGUGACACACGUCUCAAAGCUCUGCUCCAGAUGCUGGCAGCUGCUGAGGCGGGCCGAGAUGUAGCCUAUUUCACCUUUGGUGACAGCCAGCUCAUGACAGAUGUCCACGACAUGCACUCUUUCCUCACUAAGAGGAACAUCAGUGUUGGGGAGGUGUACGAUCUGCUGGGACAGUACUACAGCUCAGAGUGCAAGAGCUGCCUCGGUCGGCGCCCUGACGUCAGCCUCUACUCCUUCAUCUACCAACAGGUCAGCUCCUCCCUGGCGCCAGAGGACUCCGACAGGGGCUCGGCCAGACAACACAAACCGUCGGACUGCCGUUAAGGUCAGGUGGCCGAUGAGUCACCGUGCCUUCACCUCGGAACUGAAACAUUCUCCCUCUGCCUUUAGCUUUAUUUUUGAACUAGUUUUUUUGUUCAGCCAACAUUUAUUAAAUUGUGAUGGACGUACCAAAUGUGGCCUUGACAACUGGCCACCGAAAAUAGAAAAAACCCAGCAUGCAGAUCCUUUUCAGAACCAGCUGAACUGCAGACGGUGGUUAGUUAUGACCCUGUCUAGCGCCGCGGUCCAAGCUGUGUUCGUUCUGCUGCAGCUGGUAAUACGGCAAUAGAUUGAGCUUCAAUGCGACGCAAUUGUGAUUUUAAUGGUGAAGCAAAGGUUGCCAUCCAUCUUCUCGGUUUGUCAUGUUGCCUUUUUUACACCCACACAUAUCCAGCCUAAUUGAAUUGGCUGUCAGAAAUCAAGUUAAAGGAAAAGAAUAACAAGCGCGGUGUUUGCAGAGCUUGGAGCGGUCUCAGGAAAAGUGGUCGGAUGUAAAGAGCAAGCAAAUAAUCUCCUAACUUCAGCAUUUACUGAGUUACAAUCACUGGUUGUGGAUGCAUUUUGAAUACAUUUCUGCGGGUUCUUUUUUUUUUUGAAUAUGUGAUUGCACUUAAAAUAUUAUUUAGAUUUUCUUUCAGUAUUUUUUAAACAAUC